AACGGGAACCUCGGCGGUGCCGGGGGGAUGCUGAGGGGAGCCCUCAGCGCGUGCUGGAGGAGCACAAGGAGUCCCAGCAGCAAACAGGAAUGGAUGUUUGCUCAAGGCAGGCGUGGAGCAGCUCUUGCAGCAAAGCCCGGCUCAAGGCGGCUCUGGUUAAACCCAGCUGUUAAUUGCUGCAGGUUCCAGGUGAAAUGAGCAGCGGAGCCUGGGGUGUUUGCUGGCAGCAGGGCCGGGUGCACAGGGCUCCGGGGGGCCUGCAGGUCCGUGUUUCCCCGGGAUGGAGGUGCCCUCGGUGCUUCUCCUGACCAGGCUCGUGGCAGAAGCUGCUGGAAAAUCCACGGAAAACUCGGCGCCGGCGCCGCCCUGCUGCGAGGGGAUGCUGGACCCCAACGGCUCCUGCGCGCUCGGCCCGCGCUGCGGCACAGGCGGCCCCGAGGCGGCGGCGGCGCUGAUCCUGGGCUCCUUCCUGCUCUGCCUCUUCCUCAUCCUCUCCGUGGCCGCCUUCUUCCACCUCCGGCGCGGCAGCCGGCUGCCGGGGCUGCUGCACGGCCGCAGCAAAGCUUCUGUUCUGCAGCCCAGUGAAACGGCCUCCAUGAUCCCUCCUGCAGCUUCCUCAGUGCGGAAGCCGCGCUACGUCCGCCGCGAGCGCUCGCUCGGCCCGCCCGACAGCCGGGUCAGCAACGUCUGAGCCCGGCCUGGGGAGCCCGGCCUGGAGAGCCCAGCCUGGAGAUCCCGGCCUGGAGAUCCCGGCCUGGAGAUCCCAGCCUGGAGAGCCUGGAGAUCCUGGCCUGGAGAGCCCGGCCCAGCCCAGCCUGGGGAUCCCGGCCUGGAGAUCCCAGCCUGGAGAUCCCGGCCUGGAGAUCCCAGCCCAACCCAGCCUGGAGAUCCCAGCCUGGAGAUCCCAGCCCAACCCAGCCUGGAGAGCCCGGCCUGGAGAUCCCAGCCCAACCCAGCCUGGAGAUCCCGGCCUGGAGAUCCCA